AUUGCUGGCAACUUGUCUUUACGCUUUUACACUGUCAUACAUGUUUUUACAGCUUGUUAAGAAACUGUUAACUGCUAAUUCAAAUUGCACUCUCUCAAACUGCAUUAUUGAUUUAAAAAAAGAUCAAUUAAAAUGACCAAAAUCCAUUUUAUACAACAUUUUUUAACAAAAAGAGGCUACUUGUUGCCUUUGUAGAGCCAAUAAAUCCUCCUUUUUCUCGAUUUUUGAACCCCACACCUGGAUGUCCUGAAGUAUGUACGUCCUCUUUCACCCAUUUUUUUGUAAUAGAUACAUAGAUGCAUAUCAGCCAGAAAUCCAUUAAAAUAAAUUAAUAAUAUCUUGACUAGAAACAUUCAAUUAAUUUUUUUCAGGCAUGACAUGACAUGACAUUAAAUGUCCUUAUGAAGAUCAGCGUUGGUUCCCAAUCUCAAUGUCAGGAAUUGACAUCAGUAUAAGGAAAAGCCUUUUUUCUAAUUUUCUAAUCUUUUCUAAUCUUCAAAUGAGACAAGCUAAGGGAAAAAUUACACUUUGAUUGUUACGUUCAUAGACAUACAACAUAUAAAAAGGAGUCUAAAGAACAGAUUGUUUUGUGUUAAAGGUUGGGAAACACGGCACAUCAAGGGAUUUGUCUUUACGAUUCCACUUGGGGGAGCUGUUUACACAUUACACACAAUGUUUUGACAAUGUGUGCCUGUCUAUGUACAUAUCUCCAGUCUUGAUGGCAUUAUUAAUGUAUGCCACAGUUCAAGGUGACAGAGAGCAAUGGUUUUGGGGUUUGGUGUGGGCUCUGAAAGUGGAGCAGUUAAAUGCAGCGCCUCUCCAGCUGCUCCAUAUACAGCAAAUGACCCACUUUUUUCUCCCAUCUCCACUGCCUGACACCAGCCUGUGUUUUCUAAAAGGGGGUGGUGUGGGUUUUCUAGAUGAAGAGAUGGGACCAAUCGCACACUUUUCCCUCACAGCUGAUUGAUUUAUUGAAGAGAUUUGCAGCAGGCAAGAGGUGGAGGUUCUUCAAAUUGGGAUCAGACCUCCCUCAAAAACCAGACAGCAGCCGUACAACAGGGCUACCUGUGAUCUUGUCCAAAUGUUGGGGAAUCUGUGGAUGAUCUGCCUGUGUAUCAGCUUCUCCUGGACCGAUGCACACAUAUGGGCCUGGAUGCUCAACAUGCCUCACAGUCCUCCCAAAGAAGGAGCAAAGGCACUUAGAGAAAGUGUCCCUGUAGCUAAAGCAACCACGGCUGUGUGUGACCAUGACAGGGCAUGUGGGCGCGGUUUCUCCUGUGAUCGCCACUUUGGUCUUUGUGUGCCCCUACGAGGGGAGGGCCACUACUGUCGGAGGGACGCCCAGUGUGUCCGCGGGCUCAACUGCAUGUUUGGGAAAUGCCACCGCAGCAUCCCCAAUGGACAAGAGGGUGCCAGGUGUAAAGUCAACAGGGAUUGUGGGGCAUCUAUGUGCUGCGCCCGACACCACGGUGAGCUGGUGUGCAAGAGACGGCUGAUCCGCGGUGAGAGCUGCUAUGUGCCAGAUGGCGGCCUGGCCUUCAGCAUAAACCAGAUUUGCCCGUGUGAUGAGGGGCUGCUGUGUCGUGAAAACAGGGCACCACACUGGAGAGAGAGGGAUUUUAUUUACCAACCAGACCGUACAAGUUGGACCUGCCAAGUGCCCAAACCUUGAUGCCAGUCUCAAUACUAAAUCUAUUUAUUAUGUAAAUAUGUUGUAUAUGAUUGUACAUAAAGAAAUGUACGUAUUUCCCUAGACUCUUACAGCAAGGAUUUUUUUUUAUUGUUUCAUUUUGUACAUUUUAACAAAAGCACUACUGUAUGUAGCCAUGGUGUCUUAUACAGUAUCUUCUUCAUGCAUUUAGUGAUCUUUGAUUAUAUCUAUAAAUGUCUA